AUGGCCGACCUCGCUGCUCUCGCUGACAAGGCUGCGGCCCAGGACUUCACCUCCCUCCCCGUCAUCGACAUGACGGACGCGACCAGCCCCGACCUCGAGAAGCGCCAGGCGCUCGCCUCGCAGGUCCGCGACGCGUGUCUCAACGUGGGCUUCUUCUACGUGAAGAACUCGGGCGUCGACGAGGCUGUCGUGGACCAGACGUUUGAGAUUAGCAAGGCCUUCUUCAAGACCUCGGCGGAGGUCAAGAAGUCUAUCGACAUCUCCAAGUCGGACAACUUCCGCGGUUACAUGGGCCUCUUGACUGAGAACAAUGACCCUAAGAACAAGGGCGACUACCACGAGGCGUUCAACCUGGGCCUCGACCCCUCGCUCAUGCCCGAGGCCAUGAACACUGACAGCGGCAAGCUGCGUCACUCGGACAACCAGUGGCCCACUUCCGAGCUCUACCCGGCUGCCGACGAGUUCAAGGCCACCUCGCUCAAGUACUACACCGAGAUCCUCAACCUCGGCAAGCGCCUGUUCCCGCUCUUUGCUCUGGCGCUCAACCUCCCCGAGGACUUCUUCGACGACAAGACCCGCCUGCCUGCCGCCAUCAUGAGGCUGCUCUUCUACCCCGGUCUCGGUGACAGGCAGGUCGACGAACUCAUGCCCGGUAUUGGCGACCACACCGACUUUGAGUGCUUCACCGUCCUGCGCCAGGACGACGUCGGUGGCCUCCAGGUCCGCAACCACGCCGGCGACUGGGUCAACGCCACCUACGUGCCCAACGCCUUUGUCAUCAACAUUGGCGACCAGUUUGCCCGCUGGUCCAACGACAUCUUCGUGUCCACUCGCCACCGCGUCCUGCCCACCCUCAAGCGCGACCGCUACUCGAUCCCCUUCUUCUUCGGGUGCGACCACGACGUCGUCAUGGACCCCAUCCCUACGUGUGUCUCCGAGGACAGGCCCAACCGCUACGAGAUCAUGACUGCGGGCGACUAUGUCCACAUGCGCCUCAGCGACAUUUACUCGCAGAGCGCCAAGCCCGAGGAGGCUGCUGCGGUCGAGGUCAAGGCAUAG